UUUCUUCCUCACGUUGAGUGCGGAACUGUGACGCUGAUUGGGGCAACCACAGAAAACCCUUCCUUCCAGGUGAAUUCUGCUCUUCUGAGUCGAUGUCGUGUUAUUGUUCUUGAGAAGAUCUCAGUGGAGGCGAUGGAAGCAAUUCUGAUGCGGGCUGUCAGGUCCCUGGGGAUCCAGGUUGUACGCCAGGAUGAACAACACACUGACUCUGCAAGUGGCAAUGAUAGCAAGAACUCUGAGUCCCCAGUGUGCAUAGAGGAGAAAGCUCUCCAUACUCUUGCCUACCUCUGUGAUGGUGAUGCAAGGACUGGAUUGAAUGGACUCCAGCUGGCUGUUCAGGCCAGAUUAACUGCAGGAAAAAGCUCUCAUCAAAAUAGUAUGCACAAGUAUCCUGCAGAUACAGUUCUUAUAACAGAAGAGCAUGUGAAGGAAGGACUACAACGGUCUCAUAUCCUUUAUGACCGAGCAGGUGAAGAGCAUUACAAUUGCAUAUCAGCACUUCAUAAAUCUAUGCGAGGCUCAGAUGAAAAUGCUUCCCUCUACUGGCUUGCCCGGAUGCUUGAAGGUGGCGAGGAUCCACUGUAUGUGGCAAGAAGGCUGGUGAGGUUUGCAAGUGAGGAUAUAGGACUAGCAGAUCCUUUGGCAUUACCACAGGCUGUUGCUGCUUAUCAAGGUUGUCAUUUUAUUGGCAUGCCCGAAUGUGAGGUUCUACUAGCUCAGUGUGUAGUCUACUUUGCUAGAGCACCCAAGUCUAUAGAGAUAUAUGGAGCAUACAGCAAUGUCAAAGAAUGCCUGAGAAGCCACCAGGGACCACUUCCUCCUGUUCCAUUGCACUUGAGAAAUGCUCCAACCAGACUCAUGAAAGACUUGGGAUAUGGAAAAGGCUAUAAAUAUAACCCCAUGUACAAGGAGCCUGUAAACCAAGAGUAUUUGCCUGAAGAGCUGAAAGGAAUUAACUUUUUUAAGGAAAGAAGAAAGUAAAUAUGUUGAAGUAUCUUCCCUUUUUAUGAAGGAUGUCUCUGCAUUCAGAUGCAAUGUCAAAAUUAUUAAGCCAUUGGACCUAUGACGAUCCUUUUAUGUUUCGGGUUUAUAAAUGUUUCCGUGUGUUUAAAAAAUAUACAGUAACACAAUUUGGGAAGACAAAGGUGAAUUUUAUUAGCUUAAUAACAGUACUAUUCGGUUCAAAUAAUGUGUUUUGUCUAUUAAGAAAAAUAUACAUAAGGCUUAAGAGAAGAAACUGGUAGAAAAGUGCAAUAAAAGACUUUUUCUUACUAAAAAGAGACCCUGCCUUACUUGCUUUAAAUCUUGAGGAUAUAACUGUUUCCAUUUUUUUCAAUUUAUUUCAAUAAUGACAUUAAAUUGCAGAAAAUUAUAAAAUGUAAAAAUAUAUAGUAAAACAAAAUGCAAUUACAACGUAAUAGUCAUGAUUAUACUUUAUUUCUGAAAUUGUUUUAUAAGAUUUCAUAACCAAUAAAGUUGUUCCAAAAUAUUGAAAAUU